AUGGACUGCGAAGACCUACACCAGUGUGACGGCCUUGAGAAGCGAAUAGAGGGCUCAACGAGCUACUCAGACCCCUCAAGCGCGCCGAUUAAUCGCCUUCCAGGCGAACUCUUAGUAGACUUCCUCAAGUGCGUUCACGCAUGCAUCUUCAAUACCGGGCCUGCCGAUACCGCCUUCCACCGGUGGAUGCAGCUGCUUCACAUAUGCUCUCGCUGGCGUGAUCUCAUCCUUUCCGUCCCCGGCAUGUGGAGCGUCAUAAACAUCACCUCCAGGGAGUCGAAGCUAUCCGAACUGGAGUACUGCCUCUCUCUUUGCGGUAGCUCGUUAUUGGACAUCCGUUUCUGCGAACCCGGAGCACGGGUCCUUUCCGCAUCAGUAAGGCUGCUCGGUCCAUAUGCAUCCCGCAUUCAACGUCUCACUCUCUUUACCUUCCACCUCGACAAUCUACGUCCUGCAUUUGACGAAGUCCUCGCACUCGACAUGCCGGGCCUCGAAGAGCUUCUCUUCGUUCCGCACACUGUGAUCAACAGGGUCUCCAGGCAACCAAUCUUCGCACUGCACCGAUACCCACUGCUUCGGAGGCUACAACUCACGGGGCUCGCUUGCCCUUCGAAUAUCCCGUGCACCUACCUCCGAGCUCUUCACUUUCAUCGCUGCUCCUGGCCAUUCACUCUCGACGACUUCAUUCACACGCUGUCGCGCUGUGUGCGUCUCGAAGAGCUGCGUCUGUACCACUCCUUGGGCUUGCUCUCCUUCCCCCUCCCACACUUGAUCACACCCAACGUUGGCCGGGCUAAGCUCGAGCGCCUCGAAGGUCUUGAGAUCGAGGACAGCGCCGCCGACAUCAUCACCGCCGUCUUAGCUCACAUCGAAGCACCUUCCAUCAAAUCUCUUCGUGUCUUGAACUACUACUCAAUCCCAGUCCUGAACGGAAGGCCGCUGACUCCAGCAUCUGCGCACCGCGUGUGGGCCUUCCUCCCUGUCGAGCCAUCCCGCGUGCUUCCGCGGUUCACUGCACCCAUUCACGCCACGAUUCGCCUUCUAAGCAGGGGGACGUGCACCUUCGAAGCCUCCACGCAACCAGAGCCCUGGCAGUCGAUGCAACUCCGCUCUGACUUUGGAGGUACUGGCACAUGGAGGGGCGCCCUCUGUGCAGCGCUCCGGGACUUCUCCCGUGUGUGCGCGAACGCGCCCCUCACGGCGCUCACCAUCGAAGGGCCCGCGGAGCACGUUCCGCCCGCCGCUUGGGCGGAGCUCUUUGCCACUUGGCCCAUCCUGGAGACGUUCGCCCUAGUAAACACCAGCACCUACGGGGCGAUAGCGAUGUGGGAGGGUCUCCGCCACAGGAGCGGGAACGCUACAAAUCUGUGCUGCCCGCGUCUGGAGAGCGUCCACAUCGGGACGGCCGCGCCGCAGGAGGGCGGCGAUGCCGAGGCAGAUGGGCGCGAGAUCGGUGUUGUGAGGGACACACUGUGUCGGCGCGCGCAGGAGGGCGCAAAGCUGCAGGAGCUGGUCUGGGAGGUGCGCGGACCUUCACAUGCCGAUGCUCACUUUGUACGUGAUGAGUUCCUUAAGCAGGUCAACCCGUUCGUGGAGCGGACGGUGUACAAGAUGUCGGGAGAAUAUGCACCCGCUGAAAAAGGGAGUUAA